UUCUUAAUCAGACUCUAUAGCCGGAAUCUGACACUUCUAAAUCUCCUAACAAACAAGGUAUAUGGCAAGUUUAGUGAUGAUUUUGGCACACUUUAAGUUUUAAAGAGAAUAAAGUGGGCAGCUCUCUACUCCGCACUGUGGGUCAAACAUGGUCCAUCCCCAAUCCCCCAGAAGGACAGGGUGUGGGGUCUGAGUGCCUGGCGGGGCUGUGCUCCCAGCCUGCAGAGCCCUCAUGCACUGCAGAGGCCUGUGCUCUCGGCUGCCACAGCCAAUGGAGGCCUCCAUGCUCACUCAUUCUUUCUCUCCCUCAGUCCUGAUUCUGCCUUCUUUCCUCAGCCUUUUGUCACUUUGAUCUCCAGUGCAUUUUGACUGGGAACCAUCCAAAGUAAGCACCAGGAUUUUCUGGGGCCACACCAUGGCCUCGUCAGGGCUCCAGCUCUUUGCUUUCGGCAUGGCCUUAUCCGGAGUCUCUGGGGUGCUCACCGCCACUCUGCUGCCCAACUGGAAGGUGCGUGUGGAUGAGGGCUCCAGCAUCAUCACCGCCGUGGUGCAGCUGCAGGGGCUGUGGAUGGACUGCACGUGGUACAGCACUGGCAUGUUCAGCUGCACCCUCAAGUACUCCAUCCUGUUGCUACCCACCCACGUGCACGCAGCCCGGGCCACCAUGGUUCUGGCAUGCAUCCUGUCGGCUCUCGGGAUCUGCGCUUCCACAGUGGGGAUGACAUGCACUCGCUUGGGCGGGGAUAUAAAAACCAGAGGUCACGCUUCUGUUGCUGGCGGCGUCUGCUUCCUGUCAGCGGGGGUCUCUGGCCUGAUACCCACGGUGUGGUACACCAAGGAGAUCAUAGCCGACUUCCUGGACCUGACAGUGCCUGCCAGCAACAAACACGAGCCAGGAGGAGCUGUCUACGUGGGAUUCAUUUCGGCAGUGCUGCUGGUUAUCUCUAGCAUGAUUUUCUGCACUUCCUGUGUACAAAAGAGCCCACAAACUUGGCUCUACCCACCCAGGCAGCAGAACAAUAUCUCCACCACACUGCUAGAGAAUAAUUCAGCAUAUAACCUGAAGGAUUAUGUGUAAAUAACGACCUACUACAUACUGAAUAAAGCUUUGUGGUGCCUGCUGUCAUUUUUUAUAUUUACUUUAGAUGAAAAAUAAAUAAAUAAAUAAAAAUUAUGCUUAACUCUCUCUACAGAGUGUAAAAUACUUUAAAAACCACAAAGUAGUUUAAAAUGCUAACAAAACUAUCAUGUACAAUUAUAUGUCUUAAGAUUUCUUUAUUUUUCCAUUACGGUUUUCAUGUUUUGUUUACUUUAAAGGUUUAUAAUUGUUAGUAAGGUAAUUAAUUAAUGGCCUUUUUAAAAAAAGAUAAUCUAUUGAUACAUCUUCCAAACUGGUACUUAAUCGGACUUUAUAAAAGGACUAAACUGCCAAGUAUCAAAAGUACCUUGCCCUAGUGUUAAUCAAGAAUAGCAUUUGUGUUUGCUAUCAGGUUGGCAAACACUGUAUGUCUUAGUCAUCUAGUGCUGCUGUAACAGAAAUAUCACAAGUAGGUGACUUUAACAAACAGGAAUUUAUUAUCUCACGG